AAAGAGCAAAAGAAGGAGAAAAAGGGACAGGGAGGGACAGAACGAGAGGAACAGAGAGGGAGGAGGAGAGUGUGUAGAAGUGGGGAUGUGGGUGUGGGAUGGAGAGAGAAAAAGAAAGAGAAGUGGAAAAAGAGGGUAGGAAAAGAGAAAAAAGAACGAAAAGCAAAGAAAUAUAGAAAGAGCGAAAGAAGAA